GCUUACUUGUUCUUACAGCUUGCAGGGACAGCAGUUCUUGCAAUUGGACUAUGGCUUCGGUUUGAUUCACAGACCAAAAGCAUCUUUGAACUGGAAUCCAACAACACGACGUUUUACACGGGAGUUUACAUCCUUAUUGGAGCUGGUGCACUUAUGAUGCUGGUUGGUUUCUUGGGAUGCUGUGGUGCAUUGCAGGAAUCUCAAUGUAUGCUUGGCCUGUUCUUCCUCUUCCUUUUCGUGAUUUUUGCCCUUGAAAUUGCUGCUGCGAUCUGGGGAUUUGCAAAUAAAGAAAAGGUUAUUGAAGAGUUAAAGGAAUUCUACAUGGAAACCUAUGAAAAGAGAUCUCAAGCACCUGCCAGAGAGACCCUGAAAGCAUUUCAGUUAGCUCUAGACUGCUGUGGUAUUAGAGGAGUUCUUGAGCAGCAGUUCAUGGACACCUGUCCGAAGAAGACCAUGCUCGAGUCGGUUACUACAGUGUCGUGCCCUGCUGCCAUCGAUGAUGUCUUCAAUUCUAAAUUGAAUGUGAUUGGAGCGGUUGGCCUUGGCAUUGCUGUAAUAAUGAUUUUCGGCAUGAUAUUCAGUAUGGUUCUCUGCUGUGCUAUCCGCAGAAACAGAGAAAUGGUCUAAGAGCUAAAAACCCAAGACUGCUGCACUAUAAAGUCUUUGUCAUUAACUUUAGCCUUCUGAAAGCAUUUCUAAAAAGUUAUAUAUUUGUUACCUUUUUAAUGCUUUAUUUGGUACUGAUGUAGGUUUGCUUUUUAUGUUAUAGGUUAAAAUGAUAAAGGUAUAUCUGACUCAAGACAAAUAUUGUACAUAAAAUAUCUGACUUUCUUGAAACUUAUGUAAUUUGGAUGUAAUUUAUGUUGGAGACGAUUUGAUACUUAAUAAAGAGUAAGAUGU